AUGGCUCAAAAUUUUCCUAUUCAAAACGAACAGAUAACCCCAGAGCAUGAUCCCGAUGAGCCACAAGCAGGCCCUGUUCUACGACCUUUUGCAUGGCAACCCCCCCCACACUUCCCAUAUCAACCACUACCAGUUGAGCGGUAUCCUGGCUUGCCACGAAAUGCCAUUGCACAUGUGGAGCGUGCUCAUCAUCUUCCUCCUGUUGAUUAUAAUGCCCGCUUGAAUGAGCAAAUGAAUGCAGCUGGAAACAACAGACGCCGUCAGCGGAAUCUCCGUCGUCAACAGGAUAGAGAUGAGAUAAGACAGCAGGCACAGGCAGAGCUCAUGGCAGCUGGAUUGCAGCCUCCACAAGUGCCUCACAUUCCUAAUGAACAUGCUCCUCCUGCUUUUGCUCCUGCCCCCAUUGCUCCUGCUCCUGUAUAUGGCCCUAUUCAUUAUGAGGUUUCAGCAUCAUUUUGA